AUGAGCAGGAGCUUUUCCAACAGCUCCAAUGGAAGAGAUCCCCUCGAAGACCUUUUGGCUGCCGCUGCAGCUGCAGCUGCUGCAAAGAGCGUUAGUCCCCCGGGACCGUCCAGCCAGCCCGCUAGCAGCACGAGCCCAGCGGAAAGCUUGCCUAGCCUAGCCCAAGCCCUCGGCACGAUCCCAGCGCACGAUCGCCAGUCCUUCGGUAGUGUUGCAGGCGCAGCGCAUUCUCCGCACACUGUUGCGCCGUCGCGUGGCCGGGAGGAGCAAGGGUACGCAGAGACUGUUGGGACCUACCCAUCAUCUAUGGUUGCAGGUCCAACGAACGCUUUCCAAGGUUCCAACGCCUCCGCCUAUCCAUUUCCUCGUCCAUACACCUCGCAUUCUACACCUUUUCCCCUCCCCUCGGGUUCCGACAGCGCAGGAGCAUCGCACAGUCUCGCGCAGCCAGGUCAUUCCCUCCCGUCUUCUACCAGUCAGGCGCCGGAGAAGAGAUGUUUCUAUCUGCUCAUAACACCCUCGCUGGAAGUUUUACAUGCGGAUCCUGCACUCGAUGCUACAGUAGUCGCUCACCUGCGCAACGAGGACCUGACCAAGUUGAUACACGAAGAAGAGCGCGCUCGUGCGUCGGAAGAGAUGAAGGGCGUGAUUGCGAGCAAGGCUUUGUUUGGGAGCGUGACUAGGUGAGUCGAAUUGCUAGCUGUCGGGCAGAUCCUGGCCUGGAUAUGAGCUUCACUGCAGCGCGCGACGGUUGCUGAGGCAUGUCAUGCCCAACGCAGGUGUCGAUUCUCCAAGCAACGCAGCAUCGAAAGGGUGUUGGGACGAGCGGACACGUCGAACGCUGGUAGUGGCGUGGAGGAGAGCGACUUUCUACCGGUCGACAUUGUGGUCAAUUGGAUUGGCGAGCAUGUAGCCCUCGCCUUCUUUCACGCUGUCCUUGGUGAGUGUCCCGCGUCUAUUCGUGUGGCUUGGCGUUGCUUUAGCGCCCAUGGCACGCGCUGACCGAGGCAUGCAAUGCGGCCAUCGAAAUGCUGCAGACAAUUCAGACGAAGAUAACGACGAAUCCCAGAAGAGUGCUUGGAGCAAUUGGUGCGGCGCGGAAAAGGAGAACCUUCAGCAGGACGUGAGUUUGGAUCUUCUGCCGGCUGUGUCCUCGUCAUGCCGCCCCCGCCUGCUGAUGCCCUUUCUGCUGUGUUGCCACCUCUCGGCCUUGACAGUAUACGCAGCGGAUAUGGAGCGACGUUCUAGCUUCGAGACCGCCCGCGAGCUCUACAGCUUCGCCUUCCUUCGUAUUUCAGAUCCUGCGCAACGACGCCAGCCCAUCGAUUCUGCUCUCCUGGCCUCCUCCACGAUUAUUCCCCUCAACAGUCACAGCUCCGCGUCACUUUUUGGGCCCGGACCCAGCUUUCACCGACGGAUCCUACUUUGCCUCUGAUUUUGCUGCGCUUGCGCAGGGCAUCUCAGCAUCUGGUCAGGCGGCGGGCAGCGAUGCGAGCACUUCUUGCACAAGGAGAGUCAGAGGAAAGCACUCUCUCACUACCGAGGCGCGCUUGAGAACCGUGGAAAGCGUACUCAUUCCGUACGGAGCCAUUACUUUUGCCUGUUUCUCCAUCACCUUUGACCAGCCUUUGGUCAGCGCGAUUCCGGAUCCUCUACCUUCGGUCGCUGAGCUGAAACCCCGACUGUCUAGACUGCCUACGCCGCCACCAAGCAUCAAGACGAGCAGCACAGGUCAGAAGAGGAAUAGCGUCAGCGAACAUGGUUUUCGUCGCUCGCAUGCGCGGACGCCCUCUCCAUCGGAGGGUACCUCGCAGAAGAAGAAGCGCCAAAAGACGAUCAAAGGAAGUGGUGAUGCUGCUCAGGUACCGUCCGCCGCAGCGUACAACUCGCAACCCUACAACGAGAGCCGAAGAUCGAGCUUAGGCCUCGACUCUUUGGCCAGUGCAGCCUCGCUCGAUGCGCAAGCUCUUGCACUGGCUGGCAGAGAAUCCGAAGAGAUGCCGCCCCCUCCGCCUCCUUCCAAAGCCAAGAGCUCGAGAGCAAAAGCUGCACAAUCUCAGCCUUCGAACAACAGCUCUCACAGCGUCUCACCCACCUCACCAGCCUCUGUCGGUAAGGGCAAAAAGGUGGAUGGAGAGCAAGAAGGUGCUGCGUCUCGGACUUCUCCGACAUCUGCGGGGGAGGACAAGGAUAAAAAGUGCGGUAGCUGCGGUGUAGCAAAUAGCCCAGAGUGGAGAAAGGGGCCGACUGGCGAAAAGACGGUAAGUGUGGAUCGUCAAAAGCGUCAAAUGCCUUGUUGAAAAAAAGCUGAUUUGUCGCGCUCUCUCUUGCGUGCACCGAACAGCUCUGCAACGCUUGCGGACUUCGAUACGCGCGAUCCGUCACGCGGCUUCGAAAGAAGGAAGAGAAUGCGAGAAAAGCUGCAGAGAUGGCUGCCAGCGUCGGCAUCUUUCCUCAGCAGCAAGAUGCUCAUCAGACCUCUCGAGAUGAUGAACAGCUUUCAAAAUCGACGACUUCUCCCAUGAGCGGCGGUGCAGCUUCCCCCGCGUAG